UAGUGAGUGUGACUGAGUGGGGAACACAUCGAGAUGUAGAUUCUGCUAAGAACAGAGAGAUCUUGCAGUCACACGUGUCAUGCAAUGGCAGAUUCUCUCCUACUAAAACUCCUCUUGGCAAUGAUUGUCCUGCUCAUCGUCUGUAUCCCGGAAUGGUUCGAUAGUGAAGGCACCACUGUGGACUUAUCUUGUAUUGAUCCUUGUACCAAAGACCUGUCUGACCUCUCUACGGUGACAUCCAUGUCAUUAAUAUGCCAUUUGCAGGACUAUAGCAGCAGAGAUGUUCUAGAGUGGGUUAUGAGACACAAUAAUACAAUAUCUUCCAUCACGCUCAGUAUUUAUAUGAAUCAGUCCACACUUUUGGUCUGUGAUCCCAGAAGAAACACACAUCCAUUGUUCCAGGAGGUGAAGAAGACACAAGGAAAUUCAACAAAUGUGUUGUUGAAAAUUCAAGAAAAACAUUUUGUUUACUCAGAAGUGGAGUCUCACGUUACACUGGUGAAUUCGGAUGAAGACAUAUACCCAACCGCUCCUUUCUCACUGGAGAUCCGUAUUAGAAAUUAUACAAAACUUAAUAGCACAAUGCAUCAUGGGAACGUACAAGAGAUGGGGUUAUAUCAUGACUUCAUUACUGUUUCAUUACAGUUUGAAAGUAAUACACUAUGCUUUAGCGGAACGCUUGGUAUCAUCUGGCUCCUCCUGAUUCCGCUAGUUUUUGUUUGUGGGCUUGUGUUUGUUGCUUGCAAAGUCAUGAAAGAUAAAAACACAGUUCCGAUGACACUUUGAAAAAAAAUCCACACUGUACAGUUUCUCCCUGUGAUUGCUGAACAUGCAGCGCACGAGUGAUUCCCUCUAUACUACAUCGCAUAGAACGCAGAAGCUGCUCUUGUCAUACGGAUAUCUAUAUACACUAAAGGCAAUCUCAUACCAUAAGGAGACACAACAAAAUGAUCCCCUUUAUAUGACAAUUCUCUUACUGUGCUUCCUUGGCUGCUUAUAGUACCACAUAAACCUAAGACUGCCAUUGUACAAGGAGAAAUAUGUCCUAAAGUAAAAUGUAUUUACAUUCCCUCGUUCUUAUACAGCAUAGGUCUGCAAACUCGGUCCUCAGGACCCCACACAGUGCAUGUUUUGCAGGUCUCCUCACAGAAUCACAAGUGAGAUAAUUAGCUCCACCUGCGGACCUUUUAAAAUGUGUCUGUGAGUAAUUAAUACACCUGUGCACCUGCUGGGUUACCUGCAAAGCAUGCACUGUGUGGGGUAAUGAGGACCGAGUUUGCAGACCUAUGUUAUACAGGAAUCAGUAAGCAGUAGUACAUGCAUCCAAUCUGCCGGUAGCUUGGUGAUGUCACAGGGAAGAUACGGAUAGUUUAGUUCUGCUGACAGAUGCAGGUUUGUGAUGAACCAUGUCAGCUACAGCUUACUGACACAAUCACUGCAUUUGGUGGUGUUAUUUUGAAACGAUACAAAGCCGGAAAGCUGGUACAGAGAUUUACAGGAGCUCAGAAGGAAGGCAUUUCUGGGGUCAAAGUGAUAAAACAAUAGAAAAAUAUGCAUAUGUAAAGUGCCUAGUAAUAUCCUUGUUACAGGGUGGCCGCACACCUUGAAUGAAUCACACCGAAUACAAAUCUGAAAUAUAAAAAAACCACAGGGGCACCUCCUAGUGCAGAAAUACAGUAUAUCAGGCAGUUUUCUAGCUAAAGGUUACGGAGAUCCGAUGGGAGAUAAGGAAAUCCAGCAUCUUUCCGAGAGUAAUUCACCUUGUGAUGUUAUCUCUACCACAGUGGAUUGGUUGUGAUAAUCUCUUAAGAACUUAAUGGAUAAAGUAUAUCAGUUACAUAUGUUACUGCUAUGUAUCUUGUUAUUAUAUGAACAAGUAAAAAAACAAUGUGCUUUG